AUGAGCCAAAUCAUGAAAACAAGAACCAAUCUCUGUGGUGCAGGAGCCAAUUUCUGUGGUGCAAGAACCAAUUUCUGUGGUACAGGACCCAACACCUGUAGUGCAGGAGCCAACCUCUGUGAUAAAGGAGCCAAUUUCUGUGGUACAAAAGCCAACUUCUGUGGUGCAGGAUCCAACUUUUGCACCGCAGGAGCCAAUUUCUGUUGUGCAAGAGCCAGCUUCUGUGGUGCAGGAGCCAAUUUCUGUGGUGCAGGAGCCAAUUUCUGUGGUACAGGAGCCAACAUCUGUGGUGCAGGAGCCAAUUUCUGUGAUAAAGGAGCCAAUUUAUGUGGUACAAAAGCCAACUUCUGUGGUGUUGGAUCCAACUUUUGCAGUGCAGGAGCCAACUUCUGUGGUACAGGAGCCAAUUUCUGUUGUGCAAGAGCCAGCUUCUGUGGUGCAGGAGCCAAUUUCUGUGGUAGAGGACCCAACAUCUGUGGUGCAGGAGACAACUUUGUUGGAGCCAAUUUCUGUGGUACAGGACCCAACCUCUGUGGUGCAGGAGCAGGAGCCAACGUCUAUGGUGCAGAAGCCAAUUUAUGUGGUAAAGGAGCCAACUUCUGUGGUGCAGGAGCCAACUUCUGUGUUCAGCAAAUCUCCUUUGGCCCAUGA